UGUGAAAUUAUCUUGCAGUUCUUCCUCCACCUUCGUCUCGACCAGGUCGUCUCUCUCCGCUCCUUUCUCCGCAAAAUAAUAACAUCGCCGCCGAAUUUGUAGGCAUGACGCUGUUUUCCGUGAUUGUGAUCCCCCCGUUCGUGGGGCGUGAGUAGGGAAAAAGUGGGGCGAAUGUCGGGGUGGUGAUUUGGAUUACAUAACUUUUUUUCCCGAGAAGUGAAUGGUGAUUGAGGAAUUCUUCCGUCUCAUCAUUCGUUACAUUCCAUUGUUGGAGUGUUUCUGUGAGCGUGUUUCUGGGUGACGAGAAGUGGAGGAGUUUUUUUACUUAUUUGAAAUACUUAGUUUAGUGGGAUGUUUGUGGACGUAAAUAUUUAUUUAAUUGGAUACGUGAAGGAGCAGGUGAAGUGACGAGCUGCAUAUUUAUUUAGACAAUACCGGUGGUCAGUCUCCGGUGGUUAAGAAGAAGAAACUGGAGGAAAAGGCGAGGAUUUGAGACGAAGGAGAAGAAGCAACCGUGUGUGAAAUCUCAUUACUUACUUGAUUUAGCUGCUACAGAAUUCACUCGACUUUCACCACCGUUCGUGGCAACCAUUAAAAAAAAUCCUCUUUCUCCGCCUCGUCACCGUCCUCCUUCCUCCUCGUCGACACCAUGUUCAAAGUGGAAUCCUCCAGUGCUGCGACGAGCAGCAGCAGCUCGGGCCUGACCAUCCCAUCCAGCAAUUUCGACUUUGAACUGAGCUUCUGUGACGAUGGGACGACGGAAGAUUUGUUCGACUCCUUCGCCACGUCUCCUUCCGCUAUGGACUCCACUUCCGGGCUGGAAUCCUCCACCGACAACAAUAGUGCAGGGGGCGUGGUGCGAGGGAUCAAAAUCGAACCUAGCAGUGACGACGAUCAGUCCGAAGUCAUGUCGACGGAGGUUUCGCCAGCUCCUCCGCCACCCCCGCAGGACAACCUGGUCGUCGUGUCGUCCUCCUCCAUCGGGCUGGACGGGAGUAACCCCUCCACCUCGAGCAGCAGCAAUAAUAAAAUAAUCAUGGGGGGCAGCCUCAUCUCCUCGACGCGACAGGGGGGAGAAGACUCGCCCAAAAAUAUGGACAAGAGUAGUGGCAACAAACUCAACGCCACGAGUUCGUCCGGGAGUAUUAGUAAUAAUAAUAAUGCGAUUGGAAAUUCCGUUAAAAAAGAAGGUGUAUUUGCGGAUUCGAAUAAUAAAUCCUUUCAUCCAUGCCGGGUUUGUGGGGACAAGGCGUCCGGCUAUCACUACGGGGUGACUUCGUGCGAGGGGUGUAAAGGCUUCUUUCGACGGAGUAUUCAGAAACAGAUUGAGUACAGAUGUUUGAGGGACGGGAAAUGUCUGGUGAUUCGCCUAAAUAGGAAUCGAUGUCAAUAUUGUCGAUUCAAAAAGUGCCUCGCUGUCGGAAUGUCGCGAGAUUCGGUGCGUUAUGGCCGUGUUCCGAAACGUUCUCGAGAAGUGAUAACAUCCGCGGAAGCCGACCAAUCUUCCUUCGAUGGGACGUCGCCCCAUUCGGGAUCACCUGGCUCGAAUAGUGGAUCUCCGCCCAGUACCACCACGGAAUCCGCGUCCACUACGAAUGGUGGCAUUGUUGGGAGCACGGUCAAUAAUAGCACCGUCAAUAAUAACAAUACGAGCCCCACAUCGACAGUUGGUGUGUCUGAAAACAAUAGCAGUAGCACUAAUAGUGGGAAAGUCUCGUCCACAUUAAGUCCAUUAGCCAGUUUGGUAACCCAGACACAUCUCACCCACUGCAUUUAUACUCAGGAGAAAGUACGCGAUGUCACGCCGAGAAAGCUCACCCUCGAUUUGAAGGAGCACACGGAAACGAUACGAGUUUCUCUCUUCUCCGCCCUGUCUCGAGAAAUGCUUAUAUCCGUGCAGAGCGUGGUGGAAUUCGCGAAGAGAAUACCGGGGUUCACAUCGCUGCCGCAGGAUGAUCAACUUAUUUUGAUAAAGACGGGAUUUUUCGAAAUCUGGGCGGUAUACGUGGCCCCAAUGACGACAAAGGAUUCCGUCACGCUGUCCGAUGGACUCACGUUGAAUAGGAAGCAUCUCGAUAUUGUGUAUGAGAAUGAAUUCACCAUCUCGUUGUUUUCACUGUGGUCAAAAAUCUCCAAGUGGACCGACUCGGACCUGGCACUCUUAUCCGGAGCUUCUUUGCUCUCCCCGCAACGCCACCUUCUCACCAACCAUUCCACCAUCGUUUUGACCCAUUCGCAAAAUCAGAUCCUCGACUCUCUCAACAAAUCCGACCUUUCCCCCAUUCUCAGCGAUCUUCGAAGGAUUGGAACAGCUCAUGGCGAAAUAUUGGAUUGGUUUCGACAACACUGGAACAAACUGGUGUGCGUGCCACCAUUGUUCGCAGAGAUAUUCGACAUUCCAAGAUCCAUCGAGGAUGAAAAUAUGUACAACAGUAGUUAACAAAUUUACAUGUACAACCAGCAAUUAAUUCAAGUCUACCCCCAUAUAAUACAUACACACCAUAUUUAUAUUUACACGCGAAGAUGAUCUAGUACUCUUAUCAUGUAAAACGAGCAUGUAGGACUGAGAGGAGAAGACAGAUAAAAAAUAAAUCCAGGUAUUCACUGCCGUUGUAAAUGAUAUGUAGGUAUGUAAGACAUCAACGUCAAUUUUUACCGUAAAAAUAGAAUGACAGGAAUAAAAAAAGCAGAAUAGUUCGGGGGAAUUAUGGUCUCCGUCGUUAUACGACGCCUACUACUACCAGUACCACGCAUAUAUUUUGUGCAGGAGAUCACACCCCCGAAUAAAUAUCACUACGAAACCCGAUGUCCAAUUAACGUGUAGGCUUGCUGGCCUUGAGCUUAUGCCAUUAUCAAUGUAUCCAUUACUACAAAAUAUUAUAAAACUAAUUGAUAUUUCUACAAACAAUAUUUCUAAAUGUUUUACACUUAUUAUACACUUACAUAAUAAUUAAUGUCGUAUUUUGAUAGUUUUUUUUUCUCUCUCCUUUUCUCUCGGCAUGUUGCAAUUUAUUUAUUUAUUUAGGUAACAAAGAAAUAUGUAUCAUGUAGGAGUUAGUUGACCUGACCUAGCAAAUAUCAAGUCCAUCUACACAUUGUUAUGUGUGUGAGUUGUAUAAUUCUACGAAAAAAUUGUGAUGUUUAUAUCAAUUCCAUUAUAAACUAGGAUUAUAUUCCGGAAAAUAUUUCUUAUUAUUAAAUAUCGUGGUCGAUAUUAUUAUAUAGAUUUUUGUGUAAGGAGUUUAUCGUCGCUCUUUUUUUAUGAAGGAUAUCUUUUUGGCAAGUAAAUAUAUCGUGUACUUACUUACACAGGAACCAGAUUUACAGAACAAGUUCAAUAAUAUUACCAUCUUUUUUAUGAGAGCAGAAUUUAUAUUAAAUCGUAUACCCAGCAUUAUUUACAAAAAUAUUGAUUGAUUGUGUAUUGUGUAACACAAGAAGAAAACUGGAAAAUAAUACUUUGUUUGAAGUGAUACGUGAGGAAAUGAGACAACGAGUUUUAAUUAAUUGUGAUGGAGAUUUAUUGUAAAAAACAAGAGAGAUCACAUCUCUUGUGUGAUGAUUUGUCAAAAAAUAUGUACCUUCACUCUUGUUAAAUAUCAAAAUACUUAUCUAGAGGUUGGCUGUGUGCACUAUUUAAUUCGUAUAUCCUUGUACACUUAACACAGUAAUUGUAGUACAUCUAAUCACUUAAUUAUUACCGAAACUCAAAGUUCAAAGGAUUUAUAAUCACUGAUGAUGAUUGCAUGCUGCAUUUUGAUACGAAUUUAUGUAAGAGCAUUACUUACGUGAGGAUGCUAUUUAUUGUGUGAGCGGAUAUUAUAUUAAAGUCUGUUUGUUUCUAAAAGGUUAAUAUUUAUUGUAAAAUGUGGAGAAGAAGAAGUAUAGUUUAAGGUUUAUGUAUGAUGAAUUUAUGCAUGUUGGAGUGUGAACUAGUUAUGUAAUCGUAGUAAAAAGUAGAUAUCUAUAUAGCCUCGUCAUACAUCCAUACUUAUUUUGUCGUUGUGUUAAAUUAGUUGUCUCUCUCUGGGUGGGUGUGUACGAGUUGCAUAUUAUUAGGUUAGUGACGAAAUGAUGAUUAUCAAUCAAUGAAGAAGCGCUGCAUGUGGUGGUGAUGAUGACGAUGACAAAAAGUCUGUGAAUGUGUUUGCCAAUGUUACAAAAAUCCAUACAUAUUGUUGUUAUUGUUUCCUUACUAAUUGAGUAUACAUUUUCUAAGUGUUUACACAUUUUAGUAGUAUAAUAAAUAAUUAAGGAGAGAAAAAAAGUGUACGAUGAGACGAGGAAAAUGAGAUAUACAUAAGUGUGUACGGAUUAUUAAAGAUGUAUGAAAACGUG